AUGCAGUUCUUUAGGGGCUCCACAAACUCGACACACUCUGACCCCAAGAAAGAACUCUGUGCAUCAUCCCGCCACAUUGAGCACCAGUGCAACAACCAUGCCGCACUCACCCUUCUCCACAAACACCCCUCAGCUUGCAUUGUCCAAGACAAGGUGGUUUAUAAGGUUGAACCAGAAGCAUUGGGACCAUUCUUUGCAAAACAUAGCCAUCUGUGGACCCAUCCAGAUGAUUAUAGAGGUAUAGAGGUUAAAGCACUAACACCAGGUGCUGGACGGAAGAGUGUUGGUCAUAUCAAAGUCUUAUCCGAAAGGAGAUCUGUGAAUAAGUCUUCAGGAUUUUUUUAUUAUGUAGGGAUAAAGUUGGGAGAGUUGGUACACAGAUGUAUCUACGCAGCUAAUGGUGCUCAGCCAUCAGUGAUGGUGCUCAGCCAUCAAGUCUGGAUAGAGGAGACUAUUAAGAGUAGAGACAUGGUUCUUCUGCAUGUGAGUGGUUAUUUUAAGGAAGAUCAAAAAGCAGGAUAUGGAGUUAUGAUCCGGGAUGUUCAUCUCAGGCCUAUAAAAAGCAGGAAGAUCAAAAAGCAGGAUAUGGAGUUAAGAUUGAGUUUGAAAAGCAGGAUAUGGAGUUAUGAAAAUGGACUGAUUAGAUGUAUGUUAGGUGUUAUAGGGAAGGAUUUGGAAGGAUUUGUGUUUGUUUAUUGUAAUACUUGUGUUUGA